CGAAGAUAUUUAAAGUGGGACCCUGUCGCAUAUGUGGGAAAACGCCAGACGAUACAAUUACUCCAGCAAUACUCACAGGGACUAGAUCCUGUUCCGUGUCCGUUUGUCCUUGAGAUCCUUACUGGUGCAAUGCCGCAGUGGGGUGGUGGAGCCAAGUGCGCUGCCUGUGACAAGACAGUCUACCACGCAGAGGAGAUACAAUGCAACAGCAGGAGCUUCCACAAGACCUGCUUCCUUUGCAUGACCUGCAGGAAAGCCCUCGAUAGCACGACCGUUGCUGCCCAUGAAGCAGAGAUCUACUGCAAGUCUUGCUACGGCAAGAAGUACGGUCCCAAGGGCUACGGCUACGGCCAAGGUGCUGGAACGCUGAGUUCGGAGGCCAGCGAGGAUCAGUCCACCCAGCACCUGGAGGUUAAACCUCGGCAGUCACCAAACCCCAGCUCCUCCAAACAUGCCCAGAAGUUCGGUGGUGCAGAUAAGUGUCCGCGAUGCAGUCAGUCAGUGUACGCAGCUGAGAAGGUGAUCGGAGGAGGGAAGGCCUGGCACAAAACCUGCUUCCGCUGUGCGCUCUGCGGCAAGAGUCUGGAAUCAACCACCGUGACAGACAAAGACGGAGAGAUCUACUGCAAGGCUUGUUACGCAAGGAACUUUGGACCGAAAGGGAUUGGCCAUGGACAGUCUGGUGGAGCAUUACCCAGCGCAGAUUAAAAACCCUCCACCCACAGUGGAUGUCCUACCAUCCUUUGGUGUACACCCAGUUCCAUCACCUCGAACUGAUCACCUAGAGCUGCCCCCUCAACAGAUACUGUUCAUUGUUAUGUGUAGGAAGGAACUGCAGAUGCUGGUUUAAACUGAAGAUAGACACAAAAACUCAGCAGAACGGGUAACAUCUCUGGAGAGAAGGAAUGGGUGAUGUUUCGGGUCGAGACCCUUCUUCGGACUCUGUGACGUUUCGGGUUGCCACGUUGUCAUCUUCCCCUCGGCUAUGAAUGAACCGUUCUACAUCCCCUUAUCAUCUGCUUUGAUCUGUCAUUUUCACUUUGCCCUUCCAUAUCUCUAGGCUCCCUCUCCCCUGACUCUCACUGUUAAGGAUCAAGACCUGAAACGUCAGCCAUUCCUUCUCUCCAGAGGUGCUGCCUGUCCCGCCGAGUUACUCCAGCUUUGUGUCUAUAUACGGGUUCAUUGAAAUGCUGGAUAGACAUGUUUAAUGUGCAUCUAUUUCAAAACCAUCUUCAUCAGAUGAAUUUGUUAUUAAGAUCUUCAACUCUUUGAUUUAAGAAAUGCUGUAAACAACUCAUUCCAGGCUAUUUUUAAAGGCACUAUUGGAACUCAAUGAUAGAUUAUUCACGGGUUUAUUUUGACACUGAAUGGAAUUGAGUACUGUAUGAUGGAAUGCCGUAUCAAGUUUCAUUCUUUUACCAGUGACAGCUUACAAAUGUACCUAUUCAUCAAUGCUCUGUGACUUUAAAUAAAGAGUUAUUGGCACCUGAAUGAAA